AUCGGUUUCACCCGUCCAUUUCUCUUGCAUUUGAAAAGACAGGAAUUAGAAAUUUAGCAUUCUCUUUCAUAAUUUAUUGAAUUUGAAUCCGGCAAAAUACAACGACAACAAGCAGCUACUUCAUCGCACUAAGUACAUGGUCAUGGUGUUUAUGUUUCCCUUAACCUCUCCAUGAUUAUUGUGCUUCUUCCAUCCUAUGAUAUAUAAGUAGCUAUCGGUAGUACUAGUACUACAAGAACUAGAAGUAUAUUUGCACGUCCCUCACCAUGGCUCCAAAAGUAAACCGUGCUUCUCGUGGCGUUGCCGAUGUUGGCGGCAGUACCAUGGGCCGCCAGAGGCUUCUAAAGGAAUACAAAUCGAUGCAAGCGGAUCUGGCAAAACAAGGGGAACAACUACAGGUGGGAGGUGCUAGUGCUUCUUCUUCAAUUAUGAAAGUUGUAAGCGUGGUUAGGGUUCUUAGCCUUUCAUGAUAAAUCAUCUUGGUGUUGUUCAGACCGAUUACAGACAGUUCGGAACAACUCCUAGCACGUUCAUUUGAGGAGUGAGUACUAGGGAAAUAUAAGCACUAGUCUGUUGUAUAAUGCCUCUACUUGUUGGAAUUCUAGUUUUUUACCAAACAAGGUCAUAUACAUAUUUCUAACGCAUGCAGAAGUAGUUCAAGUAAGAAAAAGAGCUCAGCAGCAGCUCCUCCGUCCUUGCCUGUGGACCCGAAUGGCAUCGAUGCUCAUCCUACACCGGACAACGUCUUUGUCUGGUACUACUUGUUUGAACCGACGCAGCCACCCUUUAUUAAGGCUCCUUCGUUCUUCCCUAAUUAAAAUGGAAAGGAACCUAACCAGAAGCGAGAUAAUCAUCUUCAAGUCCUAGAGUAGAGGCUUUGUUUUUAUGGGUGGAAAAAGAGAGCAGGACGUGAACAUCGCUCCUCUUGUUCUGGUAGUCGCGCCUUUUGCAGUUCUGGAUCUCGCCCCACCAGUAGUCUUCGCGUCUUGGGCAGGAGUGGUGGAGUAUCAAAAGCUGCUGCUACAGCCUAGGUAGUGUUGAUUUUUUGUCGGGAGAGGUGGAUCUCAAGUCCCAGAGUAGGAAAAUACAACUAAACUCGGUUUCAUGUUGCUACAACUACUCGUAGUACUACACGAAAAAUCGUGGACUCAGUAUCGUAGAAGAGGUCUGGCGGAUCAUGCUAUUGUCCGUCAUAGAAGAAAUAAUGGAGCGCCGGAUCAUGUCAACAGGCUUUCUUCGGCUCAAACGUUAUAAUCCAUCUGGUUUUCUUCGGUAUCAUCAAGAUGAAAGGCCCACUUGUCUCCCUACACCGCCUACACCCCUCCCAGCACCCCCUUCUUUAAAUUUGCUCUCGCAUCCUCGCGCUGCUUUUCUAGUGUAAUUCUUGACAAUAAGGUACUACAUAGAACUGGUUUUACAAGAGUGUUGGCAUUCUUAUUCCAAUAGUUGCCUGGUAUCAUAAUAAUUCGCCUUGUUGUCAAACGAAUAUUAUUUUUCAUCAUGGCACGACGUUUCUCUUUCUUCACCACCUCCUUAUCGAGCGACAGCCAUGGCUUAAGAACAAAGCCUUGGUUGCUUGGUUCUGCCAAGCGCUCACCGAAGAGCGUCGCUGUUGAUUCUACAGGGGGAGGGCUGCUGUUUGGGCGCAGCUCCUACUCAUCAUCUGAGACGACAUUUAUUAAGGCUCUCACUGCUUCACCUUUAUUUCGCUGCAUCCUUGAAAACAUAAAGUAUGGGGUCGUUCUACCACAGGAAAAUACUGCCCCAUACAGCUACAGCUGAAUACUAACCAGCGUCUACCACAGGGGUCUACCACAGGGAGACACUUAUGCUCCGCAUAUAUGUUUUAGGGCUGCACGGUGCCCCCCCUGUGGUAUGGUCUGUGGUGGCGCGCGCGCGCGCUUUUCCGCGCUGAUUUUCGCGGGUUCUAGUGGUGGAAGGCGUCAAAACUUGGCGCAGGCGGUCCCCUGCGCCUCUCUGCGUGUCCCUCAGGGACCUCCUGGCCUCUGCUGACCCUCGCAGGCGGGAGGCCUCCGGGGUAAAAGGCCGCCGAAGGCGGCCACGGUCGCAAGAUCUAGCAAGCCGAUGGCCAAGGGCCCGGAGGGUACAGGCCGCGCGGCUCAAGGGGUCCAGCCCCUCGCCUUUUGCCGCCUUCGGAGGCCUUCGCUCCACAACCGGCGCACUGCUGCGGUGGCGAAGCACAUCGGAGGCACUUAGGGCACACGCAGGCACCUGGAAGGGGGCGGGGGCGGUCCCUCGGGCUCCUUUUGAAGCCGCCCACCUACAUCGGAGGCCUGUAAGGGACGGCCAGGCAGCUGGAAGGGAGCGGAGGAGGCCACUUGGCCCCCUUUUGAGGCCUUCCAUCCACCUACGGCGAAAGCCUCUAGGGGACAGCCAAGCAGAUGGAAAGGAAGCAGAGGCGGCUCCGUGGGCCCCUCUUGAGGCCUUCCACCGACGUCGGAGGCCUCUAGGGGACACCCAAGCACCUGGAAGGAGGCAGCGGCGUUCCUUGGCCUCUUUUUGAAGCCUUUUCCCCCGGCACACGGCUCCUGGAAGGGUCCGGGGCUACCGGUACCCCCCCCUGCGCUAGGGGGGCACCGGUAGCCGCAAGCUUUGGAGCAUAUAUGUCCAAGGGCUCAGGGCUGAAGGCCCCCCGAUCUAACUUUUUGAGGGGGGGCUCCGGAAGACCGGGCGGGCGCCGUAAAGACCGCAAACCUAAAUCUUUUCCCCCUCUUGCCCCUAUUAUAGGAGGGGAGGCGGGAGGGCUUGCUAGCUCUUUCUUACGCGUGACACGCGUCACGCCUCAUGACUGAGCGCGACUGAGCUGCCCAAAGCGCCUCAUGAUCUGAGACAAAUCCGCGAGCGCUCUUAUUAUCUGAGGCAAAUCCGUGGGCAGCCUUAUGCAUGACCUGAGACAGGCCUGCGGGUGGUCUGCUUAUGACCUGCGGCAAGUCUGGGGACGGCGUUAGAAUCUGGGGCAAACCUGUGGGCGGCCUUAUGAUCUGAGACAAAUCGGCAGAGCGGCGAGCCCUCCCGACGACCUGGGACAAAUCUGGGGACGGCCUUAGGGUCUGAGGCAAAUCUGUGGGCGGCCUUACGAUCUGCGACAAGCCUGCGCACGGCUUUCGCCUAUGAUCUGGGGCAGGUCGAUGGGUGCCCUUUUUAUGACCCACCUAAGGCAAGUCUGCGCCUGGCCUUAUGGCUUGAGGUAAAUCCGUGGGCAGCCUUAUGAUCUGAGAAAAAUCCCGUGGCUCUUUUGCUUUGUUAAGCGAACAACUAGAGAGCCACUCACAGCGGGCGGCUUGCGUUGAUAAAGGACGCAAAAAGAGCCCCGGCUCUGUCGUGGGUCAGCUAUCUUGCUGGGGUGUGGGUGGGCUUGCGUUGGCUAUCCUUCCACGCUGUGCAGUGGUCACCCAUCUCAAGCGGGCUCGGGUCAGGGGUGCAGUUUGGGCAUUGGUCAGCCCCUUUGUGACUGGGUGGGCUCAGGUCAAGAAUCGAGAGCGGGCCAGCCAUCCCAAGGAAGUGGGUCGCCGUGCUUGCUUAGUCGAGUCGCCCGCGGUCUUUGCGCCACUCUGUAGGCCAUUAGGUAGCGCGGGCGUGCUGGUGGUCGGCUGUAGUGGCUUACAAAAAAAGCCACUCCGAAUGUUUGGCGAAGGUUUACUACUCAAGACACCUCGGGAGCGUUGCGGGGUGUGCUCUUUGUCAGGGUGUCUGUGGCGAGGCGCUCAGGAGUCAGGACGGUCCAGCACAUGGGCGGGCCUUGGCGUGACGCGCGCGGCGGUCUCUCGCUCGCUCAGUCUCAAACUAGUUAGCUUCGUAGCGCUGCUGGGGUCCAUCGAAUGAGAAGCAAGCGGGGGCACCAAGUCGAUGACUUACAGCACAGCUCUUUACUUAGCUAGCGCCUUCGCGUAAGUCAGGCGGAUCCUUGUAGACCAUGCACACGCGCCACACCUUCCUGCGCCUCUUUAACGCCCCCCCGCGCGUUACGCUCCUCAGCGCGUCACGCUAAUACCCCCCCCACGCGUCACGCCUUUCAGGUGGAAGCGGCGCUCGCAGGGUUCUACGGACGGAGGGCCCCCAGCCCCGGGCCCUUUUUUUCGAGGGACUGCCAGGCGGGAAGGCCUCCAAAAGGCCUCCAGGCGCCCUCCUCCGACCCCUUCCCGCUUGUUGCUUGGACGCUACAGAGGCCCCAUCUUUGAGGCUGUCGGAGCGCCGGGGGCUAGGGGUGUAAGGCUUCCGAAGGUGGCCAAGGUGGCAAGGCUGGACCCCCUUACCGUGGUGCGUGUACCCUACAGACUGGGCAAAGAUGGCAAGGCGGGACCCCCUUGACGUGUUGCAUGUACAGACCUCCCGGGUGCGGGUUCUUGCUCACCGGAGGGGCUUGGCCUCGGCUGCCCCCAUGAGGGCCAAAGGGGCCACGCCUCGCGACCGUAACCUUGUGUGGCCGCCUUCAGCGGCUUUCUUCCCCCGGAGGCUGUCCCUCUGAUAGGGUCCAAGAGUCGGGGCGCCUUUUGGGUACACGCGGAGAGCCGCCAGGGGCCACCGGCUCCGCCUUUUGAGGCUUUCCCCCCCGUGAGCCAUUGCAUGUCACCACCGCGAAAAAAAGGGCGCGUGGACGCCACUCCCGCCCCAUCCACAGGGGGGGGCCUUCCUCCCUGGUACGUAUAUACUUUUCAAGGAUCGACGCAGCUAAAAUAUGAAUACUGGACAGCGUGAAAUGUACUUCUGCCGUCAGGAACUACAGCUCACCGGCGUGUGGAGCCAGGACCUCGAGAAGUUUCGACCUCGUCUACUGGCGUGGUCGAGUACAAGGUGCACCAGUACCACAACUUCUAUUUUCGGCACAACAACCACAUCAUCAACUAUCUACUUUGUUGUGUGGGUAUGCUGGUGGCAGAACGAUUUUUAUUGGCACAGCACUAGCACAAAAAUCCAAAGUGCGUUUCUUUUCUUCCUUUUUUCCAGAGCGACCACAAUAUUACACAGAGCCGCCGUCAGAUAAGCCACCACUUCCACAGCACAAGGUGCAAAAAAUUGUUGUGCGUUACGAAAACACACCCAAAUACGAACACGUGGAAGAGGUACAUCAACAGUUUGUCACGUCGAAGAGGUACGUCAACAGUUUAUCACGUGGAAGAGACCCACGAUCAACAGGAGGUGAUCAACAGUUGAUGUACUACUCGUACGCUAGACAAGUAGAACAACUAAUUGCUGAGGUCGAUGGAGAAUUUUGCACUACUUCUUGCACCACCUUGAAUAUUAUUUUUAUUAUACUAGUAUGGCUCAUCUAGUAGAUCUACAUCUACAUCUAUUUAUAUUUUUCAUUUUCCAUUUACUUUGAUGACCAAGAAAGAUGAUGAUCAGCUGCUCCCAGAUUACUAGCUCUACCUAUGCAGGUCGAUGCUGAAGUUCCUUCGUAACCCACCUACUCAGGUGUAAUCUACAUUCGCAACAAAACUCUUUUCAACUAUCGCCCAACCCCACCGCCUUAUACACCAAGGUAUCUGAGUCGGCAGAAACUCUUUUAG